AUGCUGCCGAGUAGAGGACUUCCAAGAUCAAUUCCAGCCUCUGCGCUGCGGAAUACCUGGUCUACUCGGACACAGGUACAGUCGCGGUCUACGCCGUUGAGUAAAAUUCGGAAUAUUUCGUGUGCGCCGACAUCUUUAUUCGACUCUCGAACAAUUGUCGCAGGUACCGCAUCCGGCGUAUUCGCCCAGCGCUCUGGAGCUUCGCGAAAUCUUUCAUUAUGGCCCUUCUCUUCUAAGAAAGAGUCGCCAAUCGAAACGCAACCCGCUUCUACCCCAGAGCCUAUAUUAUCAGAGCCCCCGGCGCCUGUCGAGAAUUAUGAACCCCUCCCCGAGAACUCUUUCGCAAGUACAACUUCGACUUCCGCUCCGAUAGAUCACACACAGAGCGCCUUCAGCGACUUGGACCUGACUUCCGUCCUCGAUAUCCCCGAGCAGAUAGGAUAUCUCAAGAAUCUCGGAUUAGAUUUCGGAUGGGGUCCAACUUCCUGUUGCGAAUGGGUUCUCGAACAUCUGUACAUAUACACAGGCAUGCCAUGGUGGGCUACCAUCGCCGCGGUGGCUGCCGUAUGGCGUCUCGCCAUGUUCUGGCCUACUUUGACAGCUAGCAAGCAUAGCGCGUUGAUACAACAACUCGAAAGGAAUCCGGUAUACGCCAAAGCUAAGGAAGAAUUUAACGAGGCCGCAUGGAAAACUCGCGACCGCGUUGCUCAAAUGCGAGCUUCGGAAAAGAUGAUGAGGUUAAAAAAGGAGACGGGUGCUAGCACACUUCGUAUGUUCGCUACAUUUUGGACCGUCCCAUUUAGUUUUGGCAUGUUUCGACUGCUCCGAGGCAUGGCCGCCCUGCCCGUACCUAGUCUUGAGACUGGAGGCUUCGCCUGGUUCACCGAUCUGACCGUUUAUGAUCCUUACUACAUUCUGCCCAUAACUUCUAUAGCUCUCACGGCUGUUAUGUUCAAGCAAACAAGGGCCGCCAACUUAUCAAAGGAUCCGACAACCGAAAAUAUCACCAAGCUAAUGAUGUACGGUCUGCCUCCCGUCGUAUUCCUCGGCACGGCUUGGCUCCCCGCGGGUGUCCAGUGGUUCUUCCUAAUGCUCACCACGGGAUCCAUCGUGCAGACGUCGGCGACUCUUAACCCAACCAUCCGCCGCUUAGCCGGCCUUCCUCCUCUUCCAAACCGGAGUGGAGGACUAAUUUCGACCGCCGCAGUGGCUACCCCGACGUGGCAAGCACCAACACCCCCCAGCCAGAGAUCCGCAAGCAACAAUGCAAGUGGGGCUACUAAGGGAAUCACCGAAUCGGCCAAAGGCCUAUUAGGCGUCGAUAAGCAGAAGGAGGAGUGGAAGAAGGCCCAGGCGUACGAAGAGCGCAGGGCCGCGGAAGAAAAGGAAAAGGCGUACCGGAGGAUGGAGGAUCUACGUCGGAAACAAGCCGGAAAGGGAGGGUUAUGA